AAUAGCGUUUGAAGUGGAGAGAGAGCGGAGAAAAGAGAGCGCGGCUGAAGGCGAGAGCGCAACAGCGGCGACACCAUGCUCCUCCCCUCGGUUCGGGAGCCUCUCUCCUCCUCCUCCUCCUCCUCCUUCUCCUCCUCCUCCGGUCUUCUUCUACUCUCCGGCCUCUGUUCCUCCGUCCCUCGGCCUUCCACCGCCUCCUCGUGGUCUGGCCACCGCGUCCUCAGGGCUUCGUCCUCCUCCGUGGUGGAAGGAGCGCCAAAGAGAAACCCCAGCUGGAAAUCUCUCCUGCGUCUCGGCUUCAAGAACGGAAACAGCAAGAGGUGUAUUCCACAACCUGAUGGCUCAGUUUUUGAUCCUUUGGCUUUUAACAUGGAGAAACCUUCAGGUUUAAAUGUUGCUUGGGACAGUGUUAUGGAUUUCUUUUCCCAAACAUUUGAAAGUACAUUUAGUCCAAGGAAGGAGAAAUCUUCUUUAAAUCGAGGGGUAGCAGCUGCAAUUGAGGAUAGCUCCAUUGACAUCGGUGAUUUUUUUAAAGGCCCUCUACCUGGGAAAUUUCUGAAGCUUUUAGGAUAUUUAGCUUUAUCUCGACUUGGAGUCUAUGUACCUUUAGGUGGAGUCAACCGUGAAGCAUUUGUUGGUAAUUUGGACCAGAACAGUCUUCUAAGCACUUUAGAUUCAUUUUCUGGUGGUGGGAUUGGUAGGCUGGGAAUCUGCUCCCUUGGUAUCGUUCCAUUUAUCAAUGCACAAAUAGUAUUUCAGCUUCUUACUCAGAUCUAUCCAAAGUUGCAAGAUCUUCAGAAGAGAGAGGGAGAAGCAGGCAGGAAAAAGGUUCUUCAGUAUACACGCUAUGCUUCAGUAGGGUUUGCAGUGGUCCAGGCCAUUGGGCAAGUGCUUUACCUUCGUCCAUAUGUCAAUGACUUCAGUACAGAAUGGGUAUUAUCAUCAGUUACAUUUUUGACACUUGGAUCAGUUUUUACUACUUACAUUGGGGAAAGGAUAUCUGACCUGAAACUUGGAAAUGGAACUUCUCUAUUAAUAUUCACAAACAUCAUAUCAUACUUGCCUAUAUCAUUUGGACGAACAAUUGCACAAGCAUUUCAGGAUGGAAAUUACAUCGGACUUGCUACCAUCAUCAUGUCAUUUUUUCUAUUAGUCCUUGGUAUUGUGUAUGUCCAGGAAGCUGAGAGGAAAAUACCCCUCAAUUAUGCUUCAAGAUACAGCAGUAGAAGUGGGGGGCUUCAAAAAUCUGCAUAUCUUCCUUUCAAGGUGAACAGCUCAGGGGUGAUGCCCAUCAUAUUUUCAACAUCAUCAUUAGCUUUACCUGGUACUCUGGCACGCUUCUCUGGUUUGGCUGCUCUCAAAAAAGCUGCAGUUGCAUUGAACCCAGGCGGUGGAUUGUAUCUUCCUACUAAUGUAUUGCUGAUAGCUUUCUUCAAUUAUUACUAUACAUUUCUCCAAUUGGAUCCUGAUGAUGUAAGUGAGCAGUUGAAGCGUCAGGGUGCUUCGAUACCACUUGUCCGACCUGGAAAAAGUACAGCUGCUUUUCUUAAAACAGUUCUUAGCCGGAUAUCAGUUUUAGGUUCUGCCUUUUUGGCCGUGCUGGCUGCUGGCCCCGCUGUGAUCGAACAGACCACUCACUUGACUGCAUUCCGAGGAUUUGCAGGCACUUCCAUUCUCAUCCUCGUUGGGUGUGCAACUGAUACAGCAAGAAAAGUUCAGGCAGAGAUAAUAUCACAGAAGUACAAGAAUAUUGAGUUCUAUGAUAUUGACCGGUUAUGAAUGAGUCCAACAAAAUCCAUGCAGAUUUCUUAUGGCUCAUGAAUGUGUCCAACCAAAUCUGCAUUAUGUCCAAGCAAAUCCAUGCAUUUUUUUUUUCAUCCAUGCACACUGGAAAAAAGGAAAAUUAGAUUUGUGAACAUAUGUUAAGUUGAAUUUCUCUCUCUCUACCCCCCCAUCUCUCUCAAUGUUUGAUGUGUAUAGUAUUAACAUUUGCAGAAACAUUGCAUUGAUUGCUAUUUUUGUAUGAUGAUAUGUUUUGGAUAUUAAUUGCAAAUGCUAUGCUAGCAAAUGCAACAUCAAUGAAAGACAUA